AUGACACGUCUCGAGAAUCUCAUCGGAUUCGUUCAUCCAAAAUACGAAAAGGUCGAGAAGGUUUUCAGAAAAAAUUUCCACGAUGGCUGGGAGAGGGAAGGAGCCGCGAUUGCCGUCUAUCACAAAGGAGAGCUAAUAGUCGACCUGCAGGGCGGCUAUGCAGACAAAUCAUCAGGAACGGAAAUGGACACCAGAAACGAGAACUGUAGUGUUCAGCGCUACAAAGGCCGUUGGAGCGCUUUGCGUAGCAAUGCUUGUCGAUCGAGGGCACAUUUCGUACGAGGACAAGAUGAGCAAAUUCUGGCCGGAGUUCGCUCAGCACGGCAAGGAGAACAUCACUAUCGACUGGCUCAUGAGCCAUAG